AUGACAAGCAGCAGUUUCCAGAAUCACAGCCCCCAGCAUUGCCUCAAUGGCCUUGGCACCCCAAGGAGGGCACCAAAAUCGAGGGGCAAUGGCAAAGGAGGAAGCAUUUUCUGCUGCAGGGCUGAAAAAGGGCAGCCUGGCAUGGAGAAAGAGAAGUUCCAGCAGAAGGCUCCGAAGCAAACUAAGCAGAAGAAAUCCAAGUCGGCUGAAUUUCUGAUGGUAAAAGAAGAGAGAGCAGCAACAGAAGGCAUUGAAAAUCCAGCUUUUAACAUCAGCAGCACAGAUCUUUCAGCGUAUCAGCCUUCAGAAGAGAAAGUUAUUAGACAUGACAAGCCAGAUAGCACCCUUGCAGCUCACCAACAAAAACUCAGGCUGCAAGCCCAUGCUGAACCAAGAGGAAAUGAAUACAGCAGAAAUUACUUUGACCCGUUGAUGGAUGAGGAAAUAAACCCAAGGCAGUGUUGGAUGAAGGUCAGUGAAGAAGGUGAGGCAGAAUUAAAUCCUGUGAAAUUUGAUGGACAUGUCCUGUACAAUAAAAUGAUGAAGCUUCUAGAGGAAGAAAACAAGAUGCUGGACUUCCAAGCUCAUGUGGCCAGUGAAGAUUUCCCAGACUCCAUGACGUCUGUCAACUCCAGUAAGGCACGUGACCUUCACAGGGAGCUUGAAGAUGAAGUGAUUCCUUCAUAUAUCGAACAGUUUGAGAGAGAUGUUCAGGAUGAUAUAAUUCUGCUUGGCAGCUUUUCACUGGAACAGGUCAGAGUUAAGAACUUCUCAAGGACACCAGUAGAAGAUCCAGGUACGAGAAAUGCCCUUGAAUAUUCAGGAAGAUCUCUGAACAGUGCAGGUCAAAGGGAAAAAGCCUACAGUCUUUGUUCCUCCCUUUCUGGCUGCUGUGGAGUGGGAAAUCAGCCACUGAAAGCAGGGGAGAAUGGAUGUGAAGAAGAAAUGGCACCCACCUUUGGUAACCUCGCAGAUGUGAAUAUUGGAUUAAAUGGAGCACCAGGACCUUAUGGAAAGGUUGACUGGUCCAAGACAUUGCAGCCGAUAGAAAUUCACAUCAAAUGCCUGAGGGGAGUCAAAGAUAAGGUCCCUAAAGGCCACUACACCCUGAAAAUUUCUGUUCUCAGCCGCUUAGGUGGUGCCUUACUGGAGCGGCCCGAACAGAAGGAGCAGCCUUGGGCCAGAACAACACUGCCUGUUAGACACGAUGGAAACUUCUACAACACUGAAAUCUACUUUGGACAAAGUAUCCAGACAGUUCUACCAUCUAGAAAAGCUGUGAAGCCAGGCAUGGCUCUCCUCUUUGAACUGUUUCUUCUUCAUGGAACACAUACUUGGAUUGAUCGAGAAGUGGGUUGGGGAGCUUUCCCCUUGUGCAACAACAAUUUUGAUGCUUUGGAGGGAAAAUUUAAAUGUCCCUUCCUCAGAGGCCAUUAUGACUCCAAAGUUGACCGAUUCAAAAAAAUUGAGAACUUUAUUUCUCAAGAUUUGGAUCAUUGGCUAUGCAAUCUCUACUUUCAGAUAAUUAAGCUACCACAGGAUUCAGAUAAGCAAAAUAAGUGUUAUAUGCACCUUCACCUCCCACCUCCCCAAGCUGAACAGUCUGAACCACAAGGGCAACCUCUGACCUCCCCGAAAGAUCCUGACACCCAUAAGGGAAGUAUUCCCACUGUUGUAAAGGAAGUGGAAAAGCAGUUUAAUGCUGCGAAAGGAGGAGAAGCGUGUGUGUCAGAAGAAGCUGAGAGGAAAAGAGAAGAGCCUAAAAUGCUUCCAGCAGAGGAUGAUAUUUACCAAGAUUGCCAGGACAGUGCAGAUGUGCACUGUAGCUGGUUUUGGCUGAAGAAAGGCCAAGGAGAACAACACAAGAUCAAUUGGGGUAACCCACCUGAUGAACAUUAUCAAGAAAAAUCUAGUCCUGGGAACAAUGCAAGUCCUGAAGAAGUGAAACCAUCUGCAGAAAGUGAUUUUUACUUGGAGGAGUUAGAGAAAUACACUUUUUCUGUCUGCUGUCCUGCUGCCGAAGUGAAACUGCCCAGGCGGAUUGUUGAGCGUUUCUAUUUUGUUGUGUACUCAGCUUUCUCAGAGCUGGGAGCCACACGCUGGCAUUCCCUGGACUUCUGGCUGCUUGCCCUGCUGGUGGUUUUGCUUUGGUUUGUGAGACUUUACCUGCACUAUUUGAGCCAGUGGCUCUUCCUUAACACCAUCUCAAUUCCUGUUACAAAAUUCCAGCUUUUCCCUCACACUGUCGAGCUGUGCUACCAGAACUCCUUGCUGAAGACCAGUGAAGAGUUGGUCAUGGUUGUGGUGGGACCCCUAACCUUGAACGCAGUGCUGCUUCUUAUGGUCCUGAUCAGAUGGGGCUGUCAACAGCUGUUUGACUCAUUCCCUUCCUUCUUGUCAAAGUUUAUCAUAGCUCUGGGACUCUGGACAGUGCUAGACCCCUUGGCAGUGUUUGUAGUGGAUUCAGUCCUGGGGCGACUUGGCUACAGUGUGGAGAAACCCAUUGCUGAUGCUGCAAAGCUCUACUGGGUCUUUCUAAGAGCAGAGAACUCAGGGAUUCCUGGUGCCUUAAUCACUGUGAUACUUUAUACAAUCCUGUUCAUGAUCUCAUCAACAGUGUUGUACCUGUACCUUUUAAGGUUACAUAACGAAGGUUGGCUGUUGGAUGUAUUUCAACGCAUUCAUGGUGAGGAAGGCACAUUCUUUGUUCCACUGGACUUAGAGAUUUCCAGUCAGGAGCUGAGCUACAUAAUGAAGAGGGCUGAGCAGUGGAGAGGAAUCAAUGGUGAAAGACGGAUGGUGGCAGUGUGUGAUUACAUCUGGAAGGACCACGCCAGCCAGCCUAGUGUCUCCAGCUGUGACCUCCAGCCCCAGAAGGAAAUCCCUGACUCUGCAGCUGUCUCGGGAGUUAGGACCACCGUUCACAUCUCUGUCUACACUCUUCACCUCAGCGGCUUCCAAGACCUCUACAGGCACUUCCUCAGGCUACCUGAUGGGGCACUCGUUGAGGCAUUUGGUGAUAUUUCUGGAGAAAAUCUCUUGUGUAACGAAAUGAACGCAGCCCAGGAGCGCGUAAGUCAAACAGACAGCGUGCUGCGUACAUCUUCAUGUAUCAAGCUGAGGGAGAGGAAAAAGAGUACAGCAAGUUGGAAAGGAACAGCUCCCAUGGGAGAUCUGCCUCACCUGUUUCAGGAUGAGCAGCAAAUACCUUCUGUUCUAGCCAUUGAAGCUUUGCAGGUCCAUUUUAACGAAAACCAGUGUGAUCCUAUGAAAGUUGGUGAGGUGGGACGAAACUUUGAUAAAAAAGGGAUGGAUAAAAAUCCUGUGACUGUACCAUUAGCCACUGAUGGAGUUCUCUGA